UGUACUCACACCUGUCAGUUUUUUGUUUGUUUGCCAAAAGUUUGCAAAAAAGUCCUCGCGCGUUCAAGCAUUCAUUGUAUAUUUUACCGAUUGUGAUGUUUAAUGUUAUUAGCAUAUUAUAAACAUGAUUUGAACAUCCCAUACAUAAACACCGAGCUACAGUAAACAAAUAAAAGAAGAUGAAAAUUCUGCAACCAAACUGGGUUCAUCAUGAUGAAAAAUCGAUUUUUUCCAUCGACAUUCACCCGAGUGGGGAAAAGUUCUCCACCGGGGGGCAGGGAAACGACUCGGGUCGAGUCGUCAUCUGGAACAUGGCGCCCGUGGUGGACGAGGAAGCCGAGAAAGAUCCCACUGUGCCGAAGAUCCUGUGCCAAAUGGACAACCAUUUGGCCUGCGUAAACUGCGUCCGAUGGAGUGGCAGUGGUACGAUGUUGGCUUCCUGUGCCGACGAUAAACUGAUUAUGAUUUGGAAAAAAACCGCCGGUGGCGGUAUCGCAUUCGGCUCGGCGAAAACGGCCGAACACUGGCGCUGCAUUUCGACGCUGCGUGGCCAUGCAGGCGAUGUGCUUGAUCUAGCCUGGUCACCGCAGGAUCAGUUUAUAGCCAGCUGUAGCGUGGACAACACGGUUAUCAUUUGGGAUGCGAAAGAAUUUCCCAGUAUUAUUCAGGUGAUGAAAGGACACACCGGAUUGGUCAAGGGAGUAACAUGGGAUCCCGUUGGGAAGUUCCUCGCGUCCCAGAGUGAUGAUAAAACGCUGAAGAUUUGGAAAACGUCAAACUUUUCGCUGUUCAAAACCAUUACUGAUCCUUUUGAAGAGUGUGGUGGUACGACGCAUAUUUUACGUCUGUCGUGGUCCCCGGAUGGUCAGUAUUUGGUGUCCGCACACGCUAUGAACGGAGGUGGUCCUACUGCACAGAUUAUUGAACGGGACGGAUGGAAGUGCGAUAAGGACUUUGUUGGUCAUCGCAAAGCAGUCACCUGCGUGAGGUUUCACAAUGCUAUUCUGAAGAGGAUGGCUCCGAAGGGGAACAAACCUCAGCAAUACUGCUGCCUAGCGGUUGGAGCUAGGGAUAAAAGUUUGUCUGUGUGGUUGACUGCUUUGCAGCGGCCGCUAGUAGUGGUGUACGACCUCUUCCAAGAUUCUAUUUUGGAUGUCAGCUGGAGUCACAAUGGAUACAUUCUGAUGGCUUGCAGUAGCGAUGGUCGUGUGGCGUGUCUUCAGUUUAAUGAAGAAGAGCUUGGAAAGCCUCUUCCGGAAGAAGAGAAAAAUAGCCUCUACCAGCGGAUGUACGGAAAAGAUAUCACGCUAGAUCUCUACACACAGUCCAACAAAGAUAUGAUUAUCGAAUAUCCGGAUGUGCUUGAUGCGACGCAAACAAAGUUGACUGCUCCAACAUUGAUUCCUCAAGCAGCAGCAGGACAGGUUCAAGUAGAAAAGUCUACCGAUAAAGAUAAGACUACCACAGUGUCGCAGACAUCGGUCAAAUCUGCUCCAAGUCAGGAAGCUCAGCGACCCAUUGCGAAACAAAUCGAGACGAAAACCGUCGACGGAAAGCGAAGAAUUACUCCCGUCUUUAUUCCCUUGACGGACGAUGUGGAAAUGCCAGCUUCCGGCAGUGGACAGUUUUCUAGCAGCAGCGCUAGCAGAAGUAGCAUUAUCACGGUUGAGAAGAAAACAGAUUUAUCUACAGGCGACGAUAAAGCUACUGCGUCGACCUCCAGCUCCGUAGACAAUCUUGUGGAGCAAACCGUUAAGCUGGACAUUCGAUUGAAAAAACGCACCCCGCCGCCGAAUCGAACUGACCGUUUGGAACAUCUCCCGAAACUUCCCGGGCCAGAGCAAGGCUCUGAACCGAGCACGAGCGCUAGUCCACAAACCCCCGUCGUAUCGGGCAAAGUCACCGUACUGACGGGAAAGGUUACGAGAGCCCUCGGUGACUAUCGAGUACAGGUUUGGAAUAAUGCCGUCAAAACAGGAUAUGGGGCGCUCUGCCGUGUCGCGGGUCAUUUACUAUCCAUUCCACGCGAUGACAAAAAGAUUUGGGAAUCGGUUAUCGGUUCCCCGGUGGUUAGCCUGUCUCUAUCCAAAAAGUAUGUCGUAUUCUGCAGCUUGGAUGGAAGCAUUCGCUAUCUGGAUAUACGAACCGGAUCGCCGGUUCUACCGGUGAUGAGCUUAACUAGUCCGGUGGUGCAGUGUACUUUUAGUGCCAAUUGCAAAUUGGCUGGCGUACUGACGGAAAAUUGUACGCUCCGAGUGUGGGACAUGGAUGAACAGAGCAUCUUUCUGAAUGGUAGCUGUCGGGAUAUUAUGGGCACGAGUUAUGCGUCGAUUUUCCAUUUGUCCGAUAACGGUAUUCCGUUUAUAGUGCUAGCCAAUGGGUCAUCGUUUUCUUAUAGUAAAAAGCUGGAAAGCUGGGUCGUCACAAACGGUGCGGACCCGGUGAUGCGGCACGGUUUGUUCUGCAGCAAACCCGGUCCGAUGGUGCGAAACAUUAAAUCGUUUCCUCUUACCACAAUUCAAUCGUUCGGUAACUUCCCUCCAACAAAUAUCAUGAAUUUUCUCAAGUGUACUGAUAACAGUUGGGAAAUACCCGCAUCACUGGCAUUUGUUGAGAAUCAGAUAAAAAUAGCGGAAAUGAUUAAUUCGCCAACGGAGCUCAAACACUGGUACCUAAUGCUCGGCUUUCAGCUAGCGCAGCACGGAACCGAAGACAAGGUACGUCAAGUGUUAGACCGAUUGCUUGGGACCACAUUUCAGCUACCCACUACCGGUCCCGAGGCAACUAUACUCGGUAUCCCGAAAACCACCUUGCUGGAGGAGAUUCUCAACCAACUCAAAACGCAACCUCAGUGGCAACGAAUCUAUAUGGAGUAUACCGAGCAGCUGAAAUUACGGCUUAACGCUGACGAUGACGAACCCAAGGAAAGUCCUACCGUAAGUUAGUAACCCGUCUGUUGUACCUAUAAUAUGUGAGUGAAGAUCCUGGAGAUUUGUUUUACGGGCGCUUCGAGACCGCCUCGUUGUAAUUUUGAAUGAAGGAGGUAAAAUGUUGUGGUCAAA